AAAACCCUAGUCCCUGGACGUAAGGAGAAAACAGGGUGUGGGAGAGAAGAAGAGAAGAAUGAUGGCUAUGUAUCUGAGGCGAGCAAUGGCGCACAGGAGCACGUUGCUGUUUCUUCGAAGCUCAACAAUUCAAUCCCGCAACUUUUCUCACAUUAUCUUCCAUCAAAAUCUCGAAACAUGUCAUAAGCAGAAAUCAUCAGCUUCUCCUGCCUUUGAUUUCCUCAGAGAUUCUCGUCGAGGCUUCGCCAAAGGCAAAAAAUCAAAGGAUGACUCUGGUGGGGGUACAGUUGAGGUUGUCCCAGAUAUUGGACCUAGUGUUAAGGCAAGUUGUUCUUCACAGAUGGAUGCUGCAAUAGUGGCAUUAUCACGGGAAUUGAUGAAACUGAGAACGGGAAGGGCAUCUGUAGGAAUGCUUGACCACAUUAUGGUAGAAACUGGGGGUACGAAGAUGCAAUUGAAUCACUUAGCCGUUGUUUCAGUCAUCGAUUCAAAAACCUUAUCAAUUAAUCCUUAUGAUCCAAAUGCAAUUAAAGAGCUGGAGAAAGCCAUUGUUUCAUCUCCACUGGGGUUAAAUCCUAAGGUGGAUGGAGAUCGAUUAAUUGCAGCUAUUCCACCAUUAACUAAAGAACAUGUACAGGCUAUGUGUAAGGUGGUUUCCAAGUCUUGUGAAGAUGUUAAACAAAGUAUUAGAAGAGCUCGACAGAAGGCAUUGGACACAAUAAAGAAAGCAAGUUUGCCGAAGGAUGAUGCAAAGAGAUUGGAGAAAGAAAUCGAUGAGUUAGCUAAGAAGUUUGUCAAGUCAGCAGAGGACAUGUGCAAGGCAAAGGAGAAAGAGUUCACCGAAGGCUGAGUCAGCUGAUUGAACCUUCACACAUCGAUCUCACUUGAGUUUAAAUUUGUUUUUAACCGAUUAGCUUGUGGUAACAUUCAGUUAGAAUGCGGGUUUUGGUAUGAACAUUAGCCACAUUAGCCUGCUAUUACGGCUAAUUGAAAUUUUCUUAGGUAAAUAAACAUUGCUAGAUUUU